AUCGUAACCCGAAACGAGAAAAUGAAGCUCAUCAAGCUUAUUACACAGAGAGAUAUCAUGGAGAUGCCAUGAAGUUGCGUCACAACUACUCUUAACCCUUUAUUCUUCUCCUUUCCUUUCUCAUUAUUCCCUCCAUCUCUCCAUCUUUCUCUCUCUCCACAGAAGCUAUUGAUGGGCUAAACUCCAGCUCCAUGACUUGAAACUUGAAGCUGUAAACCAAUGGCAGCGAACAAUAAACAUUUCGGGUCGGUCUUCAGCAAGUUCCUCUCUCUCUUUCUGCUGUUACUCCAUCUUGGGUGCUUCAUUUUCAGUGCUAAAAAUCAGGAUCCUCACCAGCCGUCCAAGAAACGCAAGGUCUCUCAUCUAUCUCCUUCUUCUUCUUCUUCUUCCUCUCGGCUUAAACCCCACAGGGCUCUCUCGUCUUCCUGGUCGUAUCUCAAGCGCGUGUUCUCCUCCUCCAGAUCCUGCAAAAACAGCAGCCAGUUGCACGCGAUCGCCCCGGUGUUAACGUCCGCGAGAUCUUCUCAGCAAUCCCUGGUUUCCAUGGUCGCACCCGAAAAAACUCACGUCUCGGACCUCAAUACAGUUCCGACUCCUCCACUCAAAAAGCCAACCGGGUCUUGCCCGGAAUCCGAUAUCUCGGCCGACACCCAGUUCUUACCCCUCCGCAACGAUAUCUUCCCCUGCACUGCCUGCGGCGAGGUUUUCCAGAAAUCCCAUCUCCUCGAGCAGCACCAAACGAUCAAGCACGCGGUAUCCGAGCUCAUCGAUGGCGAUUCGGGUAAGAAUAUCGUUCAGAUAAUAUUCAAAACGGGUUGGACCAACAAGACGAGGGACCCGGAAAUCCAUCGGAUUUUGAAGAUCCACAAUAGCUCCAAGAUACUCGCGAGGUUUGAGGAGUACAGAGAGUUCGUGAAGGCCAAAGCGGCUCGAAACGGCGCCGUUAAGAGACGAGACGAGAGGUGCAUUGCCGACGGUAACGAGCUCCUGAGGUUCUACUGCUCCACGUUUAUGUGCGAUUUGGGACUCAACGGGAAUUCCACCAUCUGUAACCAGCAGUACUGCAGCAUCUGCGGGAUCAUCAAGUCCGGAUUCUCGCCUAAGUUGGACGGAAUUUCCACGCUGUCGACCGGCUGGAGAGCUCACGUGGCAAUCCCCGAGGACAUCGAGGAGGAAUUCGGUUUCAUGAACGUGAAGCGAGCCAUGCUGAUCUGCCGGGUCAUAGCGGGUCGGGUUGGAUCCGAAAUCGAUGACGUGGAUAAAGAUGAUGGCGGAUAUGAUUCGGUGGUUGGUAGGGGUACUACUUGCGGUAUGGGCCAUAUGAGAAUGGACGAGGAAGAGCUCCUGGUGUUUAAUCCAAGGGGGGAUUCAAUCAUGCAGAUGUCAUGUCAUGUUUCCCGAGAGGAAAGCGGGCUUUUAGCGCAAUGCAUUUAA